AUGAGUAACACAAAGACCAUCACGAAAUUUGAAUCCUUACCAAAUGAAAUCUUCAUUGAAUGCUUUCAAUAUCUCAAUGCAACUGAUAUAUUCUAUUCAUUUGAUCAAUUGAAUUAUCGUUUUUAUCGACUUAUUCGAAACAUUCCAUUGUAUUUAAAUUUGAAAAAUGUUCAAAAAUUCAUGUUUGAUCAAUUCUGUAAUAAAAUAUUAAUAAAUUCAGGUAUUAAAAGUCAAAUAUAUUCUUUAUAUUUAUCAAAUACUAGUAUAUAUAAUCAAAUACACACGUUUCUAUCACUUUUUCCGCUUGAUCAAUUUUCUCAUCUACAAUCAUUAUCAUUAAAUGAGCUUGAUGAAUAUACUAUACAGAAAUUUAUACAAAUGAUACCAUCCUUAUAUAAUCUGCGUUACUUUCAUUUUAUGAAUUGUUCGUGUGAAAUUACUCAAAUGUUAGUUUCACUUACAACAUCUACUAUACAAACAUUAUCGAUACCAAAACUAGAACUAAUUUAUUUUGGAUCCAUCAAUCAAUUUACAUCAAUUGUUAGUUUGGUCAUUUUUUAUUGUUACAUAGAGAAAUUGUGUCAAUUUUUCAAAUACUUUCCUAGGUUAAAAUAUUUACACAUAGAACAAUUACGACAAAGGAUUCACUUGAAAGAUUUUGAUUUAUAUCAAAUUGAUGACUAUGUCGCUAUUGAUUUAAAACACUUGAUUAUUAAUCAUUCAAUUAUACGAUUGGAUUUUCUUGAAAUACUUUUUAAAAAAACACCAAAUCUGAAAACUUUAUUCUUAUAUAUUUAUGGUAAUAUUGAAUUAAUUGAUGCUUGUCGUUGGCAACAAUUGAUAACAUCUUUAAUGCCUCGUUUAAAAAUCUUCAACUUCUUAUUUAAUGUGUCAUUGAAAUCACAAAAUGAUAUUCUUAAUAAAUGUCAAAGUUUCCAAAAUGAUUUUUGGCAUGAGAAAUAUCAUUGGUAUACUGAUUAUGAAACGACAAAUCACAGCGCACUCAUUUAUACAACACCUUAUUUAUCAAAUGAUUAUACAUUAUAUCCAAAUACGAAGAAAUAUCAUAGCAAAUCGAUUAGUAAUUUUAAUACAUAUAACAAUGUUACUACAUUGCGUUUGUAUUUAGAAGCAUUAAUAGACUUUAAUCAAGAUUAUUUUGACAAUGUGAAAUCAUUAAUAUUAACUUGUCGUUUUUAUGGUAGAAAUCAUACUUAUUUGCAUCUAAAAAUACAAGAUAUAGAAUAUCUUAAAAUGAUUAUGAACUUGUAUAAUUUGACUCAUUUGGAAAUAUCGUUGUUGUGUAGAUUGGAAUCGCCGUUAGUAUUAUUAAAACUAUUAAAAGAAGCUCCAAAUAUAUUAUCAUUGAAAAUUCAUGAUAAUAGUUUAUUUUCAUCACUCGAUAAUCAAGAAUUAUGCAAAUAUUUAAAUAAAACGAUUAAAAAAUUAGAUGUUUCUAGUCUGGGGCAUAUUUUAUUUUGUGACAAUAAUAAAAUAAUACAAUUUGGCCAAAUAUUUUCAAAUAUUCAGCAACUUCGAUGUGAUAUAAAUGACAUGGUUGAUAUAUCGUUUUUAUUCAAUGCAUUAUCAAAAUUACCAAAUUUUAAUGUUUUUUUCUUUCGUACAAAUUCUAUUGUAGUAGAUAUCAAUUGCUGGAUAGAGGAUUGCGAAAUUGAACUAGAUACAUAUUCAUUUGCCGUAAAAUAUGAACCCGCUGUAAACAAUAUUGAAUAUCGAUCGGCUUAUCGAUGUUUACAUGAUAAUGAUGAUUCUUCGUCUAAUGAUUAUUAUUGUAGUGAUGAUGACUGA